AUGGCUUGGGUGAGAGGAGCUGAGCAGUCCCCGGAGCUGUCCUUGCCGGGGUUUCUGGAGUGUAAGAAGACCCUAAAGCUCCCACGUCUUGAAGUCCUGCCAGGAGGGGGCUGGGAUAACCUCAGAAAUUUGGACAUGGGCAGAGUGAUCAACCUGGGCUACUCACUCUGCAAGACCACAGAAGAUGGAUCUUACAUGAUCCCGGAUGAGAUCUUCACUAUACCUCGCAAGCAGAGCAACCUGGACAUCAACUCUGAGAUCAUAGAGUCCUGGAAAGAUUACCAAAGCAUCACCUCUGCCUCCAUCAACCUGGAACUGUCCCUUUUCUCCUUCAUCAAUGGCAAGUUCUCCUACGACUUCCGCCGGACCAAGACCCACCAUGUGAAAGACGGUGCUGUCACCACCCGAGUACAAGUCAGGAACCUGGUUUACACUGCCAAGAUUGACCCAGAGGCAUCCCUGGACAAGGGCUUCAAGAAACAGCUGCUGACCAUUGCCAGUCACCUGGAGAACAACCAGACACGGAUGGCUGAUUUUCUGGCCGAGGUGCUGGUGCUUCACUAUGGUACCCACGCCAUCACCUCUGUGGAUGCUGGAGCCAGCUUGGUGCAGGAGGACCAGAUCAAGGCAACCUUCCUGAAGGACAGCUGGGCCACACGGAGUGCUGUCACUGCCUCGGCCGGUGUGGCCUUCCACUCCAUUAUAGGUGCGAAAAGCGAGGAGUCCCUGGAUGUCAGCUCUGGCUUCACCAAGCAGUAUCUGGAGAACCGCACCGACUCCAGGGUGGAGAGCAUCGGCGGGACCCCCUUUUACCCAGGUAUCACCCUCAAGACCUGGCAGGAGGGGAUUCAAAACCAACUGGUGGCUCUCGACCGCUCAGGUCUGCCCCUGUACUACUUCAUCAAGCCCAGCACCCUGCCAGAGCUGCCCACCCCCACAGUGAAAGUGGAGAUGGCCAUCCGCCGCUACUACACCUUCAACACCUACCCUGGUUGCACUGACGCCACCUCACGCAACUUCAACUUCCAUGCCAAUGCCGAUGACGGCUCCUGCGAGGGUUCCAUGAACAACUUCACCUUUGGGGGAGUCUUCCAGGAGUGUGUUGGGUUGGCUGGCCCUGACACCAGCGCACUGUGUCGAGGGCUGGAGCAGAGAAACCCCCUCACUGGGGCUUUCUCCUGUCCCACCACUUACACUCCGGUGCUGCUGGGCGUGCAGGAGCGGGAGGAAGGCCACAGCCAUCUGGAGUGUCACAAUAAGUGCAUCCUGGGCAUCUUCUGCCACCGCAAGUGCCAGGACGUCUUCUGGCUCUCCCGGGUGCAAUUCAGUGCCUACUGGUGCACCGCGAGUGGGCCGGUGGGCCCAAACUCGGGCUACCUCUUUGGGGGGCUGUUCAGCACCCACAGCGCCAACUCCAUCACCGGUGCCCAGUCCUGUCCCUCAGGGUACUCUCCGCUAAAGCUCUUCGAUGAGCUCAGGGUGUGUGUGAGCCAGAAUUACGAAGAGGGGGCCCAGUAUGCGGUGCCCUUCGGGGGUUUCUUCAGCUGCCAGGCAGGGAACCCCUUGGCUGGGCAGUUUUUUUUCCCCUACACCAAGGGCUGUCCCCCAGGCUUCAGCCAGCACCUAGCGCUCAUCAGCGACAGCUGCCAGGUGGAGUACUGCGUCCAGGCUGGGCUGUUCACGGGGGGUGCGCUGCCGCCCGCCCGCCUGCCC